AUGGCCAUCAUGCCCCAGAUCAGACCUUCCCCGGCACGCUGGACCCCCACCCUCGUCCUCUUGCCCUUGCACCCUUCAGGAGGCUCGGUCCUGCCGUCUGGAAGGCCCCCUCCUGCUUGGCCUCCGCCAGGCCGCCUGGCCGUAUUUGCUGCAGGGAUCCUCCCCCGGCCUGGCCACCAGGCCACCCCCGGGCCACCGCGUGCUCCCGUGCUCUCUGUCGUGCUCACACGGCUCCCGGGGCUCAGCCCGGCGGUGCCCACCUGGAGCCCACAGUGGGGCGCACCGGGCCCAGCGGGCUCAGCAGGGAGCCGGGUGUCCCCGGGCCGCACCCCUGGCCCCGCCACAUCUCCUCGCCCUCGUCUCCCCUCCUGGCCCCUCAGGCGCGAUCGCGUGGUGGAGGGAGGGCUGCUGCAGAUCUGGAUGGAGGAACGGGUAGAGCCCAGACACAGGUGUGUCUGGCCCUGA